AUGACUCCCCUCUCAACUCUCCACUACACCCCCCUCCACUACACCCCCUCGACUACACCCCCCUCGACUACACCCCCUCGACUACACCCCCUCGACUACACCCCCCUCGACUACACCCCCUCGCCUCACACCCCCUCGCCUCACACCCCCUCGCCUCACACCCCCUCGCCUCACACCCCCUCGCCUCACACCCCCUCGCCUCACACCCCCUCGCCUCACACCCCCUCGCCUCACACCCCCUCGCCUCACACCCCCUCGCCUCACACCCCCCUCGCCUCACACCCCCUCGACCACACCCCCUCGACCACACCCCCUCGACCACACCCCCUCGACCACACCCCCUCGACCACACCCCCUCGACCACACCCCCUCGACCACACCCCCCUCGACCACACCCCCUCGACCACACCCCCUCGACCACACCCCCUCGACCACACCCCCUCCACUACACCUCUAAACCCCUUCUCUGACCCCCGCUCUAACCACUUAUCUGUCCCCUUCUCUGACCCCUUCUCUGAUCGAUGCUGUCAUACCCCUUCUCUGACCCCUGCUCUAAACCCCUUCUAUGACCCCUUCUCUGACCCCUUCUCUGACCCCUUCCCUGAUUGA